AUGGAAUUGGCAAUAAUUUCAAAACCAGAAAGUACCUUAACAGAAUUGAUAUUCAUUCAUAAAAAAUUAUUCAAACUCUCUGCUCAAGAAAAUUCGAUAUUCAAUUUAUCGGCAAAUUUCUACACUAAUUAUGGUCCACGUUCUGUCCGAUGGUCGAUAUGCUUUUCGGGUUAUACAACAAUUGCGGUGAACUCCACCGAUUCCUAUUCGAUUCCACCACAGGGAAAAUAUAAAAUUUCCGCGAAAGCAAUUUCUAAACGAAAUGUGGAAAUAUCAACCGAAUUAAUGUUUGAAAGAAACCUAAUUGAUGUAUGGAAUUCGGAAUUUUUGACAAAAAUUUUGAACAUUUUGGACUCACCAGAUUUUUUUGACUGCGUACUAAAAUUACGUUACGAAUUGCGAUUUGAAGCACAUGAAUUUAUUCAAGUUUAUCCUUGGCUGUUCUCGACGGCAUUCGUUACACCUAACAUACCAGCAAAUCUUCCCAAUAAUGAUUACCGUUCCGUGAUGUGCGCUAAAGUUCUUAAAAAUCCUGAUUUUACAAUAUACACCAAAGAUGGUACAAUUAAAACAGUACGUUAUUUACUAUAUUUGACAAUUGAUCGGAUCCAUAACGAAGUGGAUGCUAAUCCGGACAUUAAAUCGAUUGUAAUUGAAUAUCGGAAAAAAUCAGUUCAACAGAUGAUAAAUUAUGCAUUAAAAGGUUCUUUUGACAUGAUGGAUGCACCACCGGAUGUUUUGGAUGAUUUUAUCCGAUGCAUUCGAGCAUUUCAACCCCGGGGCUUCUGGACACUCAUCCAUCACAUCACCGAUGGCCUUCGGAAUAAGCUAAACGAGCAAUGGGAAAAGUUGGAUAUUGAUAUUGUAUUACGGUAUCUUAGCUUGAGCGCUCAUCAUCGAUUGCAUGAAUUAUGCUCCAAAGCUAUUAUCCUUAUUGCAAAUUUACACUACAAGCAAUUCAUGCUUGAAUAUAAUAUCGAUUCAAAUGGAUCUAAGUUAGAAAUUUACAAUAUGCUUAAGGAUAGUGAACUGCCAUUUGAAGGAAAUGCAAUUCAAAAAAUUCAAGCUAUUUAUUAUGCCGGUAAACAAACCGAAAUAUUGUUCCGGUACAAAGUAAGGUAA